AUGGCGAAAGACGAUGAGGAAGCCGAACUCACGGGCGCAUCCGCCCUGUGCGCAGUCGCUGCAGCGAGCGGCGUCGAAGUGUGCUUUGCCAAUCCUGGAACGACGGAGAUGCACAUUGUGGGCGCGCUCUCCGAAGCGAAAAACAUACGCUCCGUCUUGGUUCUCCACGAAAACGUCGCCACGGGCGCCGCGGAUGGUUUCUCCCGCAUCGCCACUCGUGAUCGUAACGCCAUGGCGAUGACGCUUCUCCACCUCGCGCCGGGGCUCAUGAAUGGUCUGUCCAAUUUACACAACGCGUUCCGGGCGAGAAGCUCGAUUCUCAACGUCGUGGGCGACAUGUCCACCUUUCAUCGCGGUGUCGGCGCGCUGUUGGAGGGCGACAUUGAAUCUCUGGCGAAGACGGUUUCGAAAACAUACGUGCACACGGUGAACGACGCGAACGCUGUCGCGUCUCACACCGUCGAUGCGAUCGAGGCGGCGAAGAACCGAAGCGUGUCGACGCUCGUUGUUCCACACGACGUGAGUUGGAGCACGGCGAACGCGAGCGAGCUCGAGACGCAGCUUAAACGCACCAAGGAACUUAAGGAACUUCGACACACUCUCGGUACCGUCGUUUCUGAGGAUAUCAAAGGGUUUUUCCGGCAAUUGAUCGCGCGUGCGAAAGACCUCGCUCCCAGCGAGUUGUUGUUCUACAUUGGCGGCGACGCGUGCGGCGCCGAUGAACUUCGCAUUGUCGGCGAGAUCGCAUCUGCACUCAGUGCUGACAUCGUGUGCGAGUGUUUCUUCACCAGCAUCGCUCGUGGUGGUGACCUCCGCAACGUUCCGGUUCGACGCGCGCCAUACUUACCAAAAGACGCCGCCGCCGCUUUCGCAAAGUACAAAGUUGUGUGUUUCCUGGACGUCCCGAAACCGCCGGUGGCCAUGUUUGGAUACGAAGACGCCCCACGUGAGCUCUUCACCCAGGGCGAAGACGACGUGUGGAUCAUCGAUCCGCCCGGUAAGAUGGCUAUGAUUGACAUUUUGCGCGCGAUCGCGAGCGAGUUGGAUUUGGAAUGCGGCGUCCAGGCACCGAUGUUGCCAGACAUCGAAGACGUCAGAGCUGGUGUGGAAGCCAUUGUGUUCGAGGUUCUAGGAAAACCCAUUGACGAUUCUGACGAUUCGCUUUGGAACCACGGGAUGACGAGUACCAAGGCGGUGUCGUGUCAGGCAAAGCUGUGCAAGGAUUUCGAUGUGAAACUACAGACGACGCUUCUGUUCGAUCACAACACUCUCACAACGCUCACUCGAGCCGUAGCGACCAAAUUGGGCGUCUCGACCUCUCCGUCGCCGCAUAAAGCCAAAAGGAGCCCGCCAUCUGUGCUGAACGUGUUCCCAACACCCGAUCGAGUUGACGCGCUCAUUGAAGGCGCGUUGGAUGGUUCCAAAGUUUGCAAAAUCGUCGCGAGUAUGCAGCCCAAAGGAUGUGUCGUCGUCGACGAAUCACUCACGUCCGGAUCGACGUACUGGAAUGAUUCCGCGUCGUGUGAUGACUUCACGCACAUGACGCUCACUGGUGGUUCGAUCGGUUUCUCUCUCAGUGCCGCCGUGGGCGCGUCCAUCGCCGCGCCCGAUCGACGGGUCAUCACUCUCGUCGGCGACGGAUCUGCGCACUACACUAUUCAAGCGCUGUGGACGCAGGCUCGCGAGAAAUUAAAUGUGACCACUGUGAUCAUGAAUAACGCGAAGUAUCAAAUACUGCGCGUCGAGUGUGCGAUUCAAGGCGUGCAACCAAGCUCUGGUGACGCGUGCGACGCGUUGACGGACAUCGGCGAUGUGGAUUGGGUGAAAAUCGCCGAGGGGUACGGAGUUCGCGGGAUUUGCGCGCGAAAUGCGCGAGAGUUCAAGGACGCGUUCAAGUUGACGCUCGAGACGGACGGCCCGGUCUUGAUCGAAGCCGUUCUCAGCGACUGA